AUGCCGCACGGGUAUAGCCAAUCGACAGGGUCUAGCGCAGGCGUUGGGAAAAGCGCCGGUUGCAACGCCAGCACUGGUGGAGGAAGCGUCUUGUCUAGAGUGUUUGGUACUUUCCGACGGCAUUCACAUAACAGCAACACCGCGCUCAAGGACAAGGAAGACACAAGUUGGGCGAACAACUACAAAAUCACGCACCGUCCAGAUCGUCCACGUUACGACAAACGCGAAGGACUGAAGUCUCGCAACUCGGCAUACGUAUUGGGCCAGCUGCAUGAAAUUUGGCGGCAUAAUCAGAAGAUGUUAGAAAGGAAGAAGAGGGAGAGAGAGGCAAGGGAGAGGGCUAUUAUGGUAGGAGUUGAGCGAUCGAUGGACCAACGCCAGAGUAAUCAAGAUGGCGAGUUCAAGACUGGUCAACCACAACUGCUGCCGAAUCUGCGAACAGAUCCGAUGCCAAAAUUUAACCGGAAGGCUAACUCGCCAGAAUUCAGGAGGGACCAGUGGCGAGCAGAGAGUGAGGUAGGAUACCAACAACCUAAUACGUGUCACGCCUUCGCGUACAGGGCUGAUAAGCACAUCACAUACCCGCCAUCAUCGCCGUCGAUUGCAUCUGACCGAAUAACAAUAAGAGUAGGGAUGGAACUGGAGAGUGCAGAAGGUGAAGAUGGCAGCUAUUGGCAUACAAAGGAUGCACCAGAACUACCAGUUCUGCCCGCGACGACUUAUAAGCCUUUCACAGCACCGUCGCAGCCAGUAUCUGCUUCCACAUCAUCGCCAAAAACGGGUACAAUACGCAAACGACAGACGCGCAGCUUAUCCCAAAGUUCCCCACAGAGGCCGCCACUUAGUCAUACGAUUCAAGCAUCAAGCACCCGGUCGAAAGCACUGCGUGAAUCCAUGGCACUAUACGUCAACACGGAUCAAGACAGUGUACCAGGUUUGAAUCAUAGCUGGUCUCCAGGAUCAGAGCAAGACAAUCUCCUGACGCCUAUUCAUGAUACACGAGAAGUUAUCCACGAUAACAGGUAUCUCAGCCUCAAACCCUCACCAGCGAGGCCACAGGUAUGCCCGAUGCCACUAUGUCACAACCACCUCAUAACAAGCAUCGAUCAAGCGCAGAAUCUAUGCGCGUCAUGCCGAAGCGAGCACCAGCCUCGGCAAAGCAUCUUCAUAACAGACGUGUUAAAUGCCUUCCCUGGCCCGUAUUCCCCCCUAGGCGCAGAAUUCAGCUCUCGCCCGCCACUGAUUCCCGACGACGAGCCUUAUGAUUUGACCCCCGAGGCAAAAACACGAGAACCGUCACACCGAAUAAAUGGCGAGAGGGACAUGAGCGCUUCACCAAGGGUGAUGAUCAACAACAGCGACGUCUUGAGUUCCCUGAACAAAGACCGAGGCGGGUUCAAACUGCAAUCCGCGCCGCGGAGCCGCAGACACCGCAAACGGGAACAGUAUCUCAGCAGCUCUCCCGUGAAGCUGCAGAUCGCGAAGCAGGCAUCAGGCUCUCUGCGUGAGGGAUACCGCAACGAGAGCGGCAACGGCAAUAGCCACAUCGGUUUCCAGUUUGCCACGGCGACGCCGAGUCCGACAACGCCGCCGCAGCCAUCAUCCCGAGAUGUAGCGGCAGAAGAUUCGCGACCGCGACAGAUGUCGGGCCCAUUCCUUGAGCCCAAGACUUUCUGCCCUGCCCUUCCGCCAGCCGCGAGAAGUGACAAGAACAGCAGCCCUAUCGCUCAUCGACGCAGAUAUUCGAAUCUGCGCUCUUUAGCGAAAGGUGGGCAUGUCAUUAACAAUAGCGGCAGCGGAGCGCAAGCGUCGGCUACAGCACACGUGGGAGAGAGCACAGAUUAUGCACCCGCAUCUCCAGUGGGACACCGCAGAAACCAGUCAGAUCCUGAUCGCGUCGAAAACCGGAUGAGCGAACCUACGCGUGAAAUUGGCAGAGAUUCUACGCUCAAGGGCGAAAAGCAAAAAGCAGAAGACGAGGAGAUAUACCGAGAAAUCGACAGCAUCAUCGACUGCUAUCUAAGGCUCUCUGAGGCACCUGAGCCGGUCCAUGAGAAACGCAAGGCGGAAGCCGUAGGGUCCUACUUCACGGUCCCUAUGGAGGUGGAGAUGAGCCUUAAAGGUUUCAUCUAA